AUGGCGGCAAUGGCUGACUCCGGCUUGGAUCUAGGAGCUUCCGCUUCAUUCUCCUUCUCCGGCGGGGAGAGCAAGUUUGCUGAUACUGGGAAUUUGGAGAACUGCGCCAAGUACUUGAACCAGACUCUCGUUACGUUCGGAUUCCCUGCCUCCCUCGAUCUCUUCGCUAAUGAUCCGGUCUCGAUUGCUCGGACCUGCAAUUGCAUUUACUUCCUGCUCCAGCAGAGGCAGCGAGACAUUGAGUUCAGAGAGUCUGCCAAUGAUCAGAGACAGAGGCUGUCAUCGGAUAUUUCAAGACUGGAAGCAAAGGUCGAGAGGCUUGAGGCUCAGCUGCAAGUGAAGGAAAGGGAAAUUGCGACAAUUACCAGAACGGAGGCUAAGGCUGCAGCAGCAUUCAAGACCCAGACUGAAAAGCUUCAGCAGGAAAGAGAUGAGUUUCAAAGGAUGGUGAUUGGUAAUCAGCAAGUGAGGACUCAACAAAUACAUGAAAUGAAGAAGAGAGAAAAGGAGUACAUAAAGUUACAGGAGAAGCUAAAUCAAGUUCUGAUGGAGAAAAAGAAGGAAUCAAGGUCUGGCAUGGAGAUCAUGAAUUUGCUUCAGAAAGAAGGGCGACAACGAGGGACUUGGAAUGGGAAGAAGACUGAUACUGACUUCUAUAAGAAAAUUGUUGAUGCAUAUGAGGCUAAAAACCAGGAGCUGAUGAAUGAGAAUACUGACCUGAGGGCAUUGUUACGGUCAAUGCAGACUGACAUGCGUGAUUUCAUCAAUGCUCCAAAUGGUUCUUCCAAGCAGUCUUUGUCACUUAAUGAUCGAUCUGAAGUUGACCCUACACAGUCUCCCUUGGGAGGAAGGACGGAUCUGUUUGACAUGCCUCUUCACAUGGCUAGGGAUCACAUUGAAGAAAGCCUUCGAAAUAAGAUGGCAUCCAUAAAGGAGCGCAUGGUUCAAUUGCAAGAUGCACAGAAGGAAGCAGAAGUUACUUCAGAAGCUACCGAGAGAGAACUUGAGCUCGAAGCUCAACUUGUUGAGGCCAGGAGCAUAAUCCAAGAGCAGGCGUCCCUUAUGUCUAAACAUCUUCCUAAGUCCGAUAAGCCACUAAGGGAAUCCAUCACUCCGUCGCCAACUGAGCUUUAUCGUUGUCAGCUGAAUCAUUUGAGACCGAAUAAGAGCUACGGCCCAAGAAGCAUUGUGCGAAGCUUUUCUUGGUGGCUCGCAUCAAUGAAGGAAAUUUCCGUUGCGAAGGCGCAGACCCCCGGGGAUGGAACUGACAGCGCGAGAAGCGUGUUUGAUUUGGGAGCGUUCGUUGGCGAUUUGACUGCUCUGGAUGAUGAUGCCAGCAGUGAUGAAAUAUCCCUUGAAGGGCUGGAGCAGGAGCUGGAAGAGUGCAAAGGCGAUGAUGUGGUAGAAAAUAUUUUAUCCAAGGGUACAAAACUGAGGGAGUAUACGAAGGGAGUUGAGAACAAUUUGCGGCAGGUUGAAUUGGAUUCGAUUCAGGACUAUAUAAAAGAAAGUGACAAUUUGGUGUCUCUCCAUGAACAAAUUCGUGACUGCGACAGCAUCUUGUCACAGAUGGAGACCCUUCUCAGUGGGUUCCAGACAGAGAUUGGUUCUAUUGGUUCAGACAUCAAAAUUCUUCAAGAGAAAUCUAUGGAUAUGGGUCUAAGGCUGAAAAACCGGAAGGUUGCUGAAUCAAAGCUAGCAAAAUUUGUUGAAGACAUCAUAGUCCCACCUCGAAUGGUUGAUGUGAUUGUUGAUGGGGAGGUCAAUGAUGAGUAUUUGAGAACUCUCGAGAUUCUUAGUGAGAAGUUGAAGUUCGUUGAGGUUGAUUUGUUGAUCAAAACUUCUAAAGCUCUGAAGGAUGUUCAGCCUGAGCUUGACAAGCUGAGGCAGAAAGCAGUGUCAAAGGUGUUUGAUUUUAUUGUUCAGAAGCUUCAAGCUCUGAGAAAACCUAAAACAAAUAUCCAGAUCCUUCAACAAAGUGUUCUUUUGAAGUACAAAUACGCCAUUUCCUUUUUAAAAGAUCAUGGCAAAGAGGUGUACACUGAAGUUCGCAGUGCAUACAUUGACACAAUGAACAAGGUUCUAAGUGCACAUUUCCGUGCAUACAUUCAAGCUUUGGAGAAAUUGCAGUUAGAUAUAGCGACUUCCAGUGAUUUGAUUGGUGUGGAGACCAGAAGUGCUGGUUUGUUUUCAAGAGCCAGAGAGCCGCUGAAGAAUCGAUCAGCUGUUUUUGCUUUGGGAGAUAGGAUUAACAUCUUGAAGGAAAUUGAGCAGCCAGCAUUGAUUCCACAUAUAGCUGAAGCCAGUUCACAGAAGUAUCCUUAUGAGGUCCUCUUCAGGAGCUUACACAAGCUGCUAAUGGAUACAGCCACUUCAGAGUAUCUUUUCUGUGAUAAGUUCUUUGGAGAAGAGUCCAUGUUCAAUGAAAUAUUUGCAGGUCCCCUUGCUGUUAUUGAUGAGCACUUCAAUUCAAUACUGCCGAACAGUUAUGAUGCAAUAGGUCUAAUGCUAAUGAUUCGUAUCAUACAUCAACAUCAGCUAAUUAUGUCUCGGCGACGAAUUCCAUGUUUAGACUCAUAUCUAGACAAGGUCAAUAUAGCAUUGUGGCCCCGUUUCAAGCUCGUGUUCGACAUGCACCUUAGUAGUUUGAGGAACGCUAAUAUAAAGACAUUGUGGGAAGAUGAUAUCCAUCCUCAUUAUGUCAUGAGGCGUUAUGCUGAAUUCACUGCUUCUCUUAUUCAUCUCAAUGUCGAAUAUGGAGAUGGACAGCUUGAAUUGAAUAUGGAAAGGCUCAGAAUGGCUAUUGAUGACUUGAUUAUCAAGCUUGCUAAAACAUUCCCAAAGCUGAAACAACAGAUUGUGUUCCUUAUAAACAACUAUGACAUGACGAUUGCUGUAGUCAAGGAAGCAGGUCCUGAAGGUGGGAAGAUUCAAAUGCAUUUUGAGGAACUGCUGAAGAGCAACACAGCAUUGUUUGUGGAGGAGCUCCUUGUCGGGCAUUUUGGGGACCUAAUCAAGUUCGUUAAGACUCGAGCUUCGGAGGACCCAAAUUCCAAUCAAGAUAAGCCCAUAACUAUCUCAGAAGUCGAACCACUCGUCAAAGACUUUGCCAGUCGGUGGAAAGCCGCGAUCGAGCUAAUGCACAAGGACGUCAUCACCUCGUUCAGCAACUUCUUGUGCGGGAUGGAGAUCCUGAGGGCUGCACUGACCCAGCUCCUCCUUUACUACACCAGGCUAUCCGAUUCCAUCAAGAGAAUCACUGGCGGAUCGACUCUCAACAAAGAUCUCGUCUCCAUAUCCUCCAUCAUGUACGAGAUCAGGAAAUACUCCAGAACUUUCUAG